AACGGAUUGAUUGGGUACGUUUCACUCUAACUUGUCUACUUAUAGCUCAGCUCUGCAGCAGACAGAGCAUAUUUUCUUCCUCCAAUUCAAAAUCUUCUAGAUUUACUCUCCCUGUGUCUCUCUUUCUCCUGAGGUUUUAGCUUCUGGGUUUGCUUCAAUCUAUUUCAAGUCAUAGAUCUAUCUGAGUACGAAAAUGGGAAAACUGUCGAUACCCAUUUUGGGAUUUCUACUAUUGUUCUUCUUGGCAGCUGCUGCCGGAGACACAAAAACUUAUCUGAAAUACAAAGAUCCGAAACAGCCAUUGGGUGUUAGGAUCAGAGACUUAAUGAGCAGAAUGACUUUACAAGAAAAGAUUGGCCAAAUGGUGCAGGUGGAGCUCAGUGUUGCAAGCCCAGAUGCCAUGAAGAAGUAUUUUAUAGGGAGUGUGCUCAGUGGUGGAGGGAGUGUUCCAGCACCAAAGGCUUCACCUGAGACUUGGGUCAAAACUGUGAAUAAUAUCCAGAAGGCUGCUUUAUCGACUCGGCUUGGAAUUCCCAUGAUUUAUGGAAUUGAUGCGGUUCAUGGCCACAACAAUGUUUACAACGCCACCAUAUUUCCGCACAAUGUGGGGCUUGGAGUAACAAGGGAUCCUCAGCUUGUCAAAAGGAUCGGAGAAGCAACUGCUCUUGAAGUUAGAGCUACCGGAAUUCCUUACGCCUUUGCUCCAUGUAUUGCAGUAUGCAGGGAUCCACGGUGGGGUCGAUGUUAUGAAAGCUAUAGUGAAGAUCAUAGAAUUGUGCAAGCAAUGACUGAGAUUAUACCUGGUUUACAAGGAGACAUCCCUGCCAAUUCUAGAAAGGGUGUUCCCUUUGUUGCUCCUGGAAAGACCAAGAUCGCAGCUUGUGCUAAGCACUACGUGGGAGAUGGUGGCACAACCAGGGGCAUCAAUGAGAACAACACUGUUAUAAGUUGGAAGGGAUUGCUUAAUAUCCACAUGCCAGCAUACUUAAAUGCCAUCAGCAAGGGAGUUGCAACAGUAAUGGUCUCCUACUCGAGCUGGAAUGGAAGGAAGAUGCAUGCUAAUCAAGAUCUUGUCACUGGAUUCCUCAAGAACAAGUUGAAGUUCAGGGGGUUUGUGAUAUCAGAUUGGCAGGGGAUUGACAGGAUCACCUCUCCCCCCAAAGCCAAUUAUUCUUAUUCUGUUCAAGCUGGAGUCGGUGCUGGAAUUGACAUGGUCAUGGUUCCCUAUAAUUUCACAGAGUUCAUUGAUGACCUAAACUUUCAGGUGAAGAACAAAAUAAUUCCCAUGAGCAGAAUUGAUGAUGCUGUACGAAGAAUUUUAAGGGUAAAAUUUACCAUGGGUCUUUUUGAGAACCCACUUGCUGAUCUCAGUUUGGCAAACCAACUUGGUAGUCAGGAACAUAGAGAAUUAGCCAGAGAAGCUGUAAGGAAAUCGCUUGUGCUGCUAAAGAAUGGUGAAUCUGCUGAUGAACCACUGCUACCUCUUCCCAAAAAGGCACCAAAGAUACUAGUUGCUGGGAGCCAUGCUGACAACUUGGGCUAUCAAUGUGGAGGGUGGACAAUCACAUGGCAGGGUCUUGGUGGCAAUGACCUCACAUCUGGUACUACAGUUCUCAAUGCAAUUAAAAACACAGUUGAUCCUUCUACACAGGUUGUGUACAAUGAGAACCCAGACGCAAACUUUGUGAAGUCCAAUAAAUUCUCCUAUGCCAUUGUAGUAGUUGGUGAGCCGCCAUAUGCAGAAACAUUUGGUGAUAGCCUUAAUCUGACAAUACCAGAACCUGGUUCGAGUACCAUCACCAAUGUGUGUACAUCUGUCAAAUGCGUUGUUAUUGUCAUAUCUGGCCGCCCCGUCGUGAUUCAGCCCCACCUUGAACAUAUAGAUGCCCUUGUAGCUGCCUGGCUUCCAGGAACUGAAGGCCAAGGUGUUGCCGAUGUUCUUUUUGGUGACUAUGGAUUCACCGGGAAGCUUGCACGCACCUGGUUCAAGACUGUAGACCAGCUUCCGAUGAAUGUUGGUGAUCCACACUAUGACCCUCUGUUUCCUUUUGGGUUUGGUCUAACAACUAAGCCUACCAAGAACUAAAAUUCAUCAACUGCAUAUGUUGUAUUGUACUAGUUGCUACUUUUAUGUUUGCUUUCAUGGUUAAAACUUUUUGAGGUCAUUUUCCCAUUCCAUGAGCUUCAAAAAGGGUCAAAUUGUCCACAGAAGAUGGCAUUGAGACGUUUGAUUUAGACGAUAUAUGUAUUAAGUUUUCUUUUUUUU